AUGGCAACGCAGCAAGAACUCAAGCGUCGUUCGAGGACUGAUUAUCAUUUCUGGCGGGACUUUCAAACACGAUGGUCUGAUAAUGACAUGUAUAAUCAUAUGAACAAUAGCAUUUAUAACGCUCUUUACGACGCUAUAGUUAACAUCUAUCUCGUUGAGGAAUGUCAGCUGCAUCCGCCCACGUCUCCGCAAUAUGGCCUGGUAGUACACAGCGAAGUAGACUUUUUUGGAGCUAUCGCAUUUCCCGCUGUGGCUGAGGUCGCUCUUCGUGUCAAUAAGAUAGGCAAGAGCAGUGUUACCUACGAAGUCGCGCUGUUUGAAAAAAACUGCCCCCAAGUCAAGUCGGUCGGCACUAUUACCCAUGUCUUUGUGGAUCGCGACACUGGGAGACCAGCAGUCAAGGGCAUGAGCCCAGAACUAGCUGCGAAUCUACGCAAGAUUCUAGUGGUAUCAUCCAAGUUAUAG